GGAGCGAAUAGGAGCACACCCGUAUCAGCAGUUAUCAACGACAGUAACUAUCUCCAGAUAGACUGCAGGAAGAGAAAGAGUGGAACCAAAAAAAAACUUUUAUUUCUCUCCGAUCGGUGCGCGCAACUUUUACGCAUUAAAUCCCUUUGGAUACGCUGCUUUCUGCUCCUCCAUCCGUCCGUCUCUUUCUGCGCGAGGUGACAAAGUUUGCUCUGCUCUCCACCGCUGAGUUUUUGGACGUCUGAAGGACCGGGCUGCUGCUUUAUCACCCGACCGUCCUUAUCUGGAAUUUCAUGAAGUCAUUGGAUCAAAAAGGCACUGAGGGAUUCUCCUGACGAGACUGGAAGAGUCUUUACGUGUGGACAGUGUCCCCUCCACAGGACUGAGUCCAGCCUGACAGACCGUCCCUGUAUCCCCUCCAGACUCCACACAGCAGAGAAAAUGUAUCAAAGCCUGGCCUUGUCCUCCAACCAGUCCCCUUACGACACCGGGAAUUACAUGCACCCCUCAGCCAGCUCCCCGGUCUACGUCCCCACUACCAGAGUCCCCGCCAUGCUGCCCACCCUGCCCUACCUGCAGACCUGCGACUCGCCCCACCAGUCCCACGGCCUCGGCGGGCACCACGGCUGGCCGCAGACCGGCACGGACGGCUCCUCCUUCGCGCCUAGCAGCCCACACCCUCCGCACGGCUUCUCGUACUCGCACAGCCCGCCGGUUAGCAGCAACACCGGCCGGGAUGCGACCUACCAGAGCCCGCUGGUUCUGGGGAAUGGCGCCCGGGCGGAGCAGUACGGGGGCGCGCUGGUGCGCUCGGUCGGAGGCUCUUACUCCAGCCCGUACGCGUACAUGAGCCCAGAGAUGGCGACGUCUUCCUGGACGCCGGGACCCUUCGAGAGUGGAGUGAUCAGCCUGCAGGGACGGCACGGAGGACUGUCCGGGAGACGGUCCAGCUUGG